AUGUUACUCAAGUCUGCUCUCCUAGCGCUACCCCUCCUGGCAUCAGCUAUCCCCACUCAACCCGAACAACUCACAUUCAACGAUCACGAGAUCGGCUCAGCAGAUGUUCCGGGCUUCUCACUCGAUUUGAACGAUCUGAGAUUAGUACAAUUCUCAGAUGAUGAGCCCCCCGUGUGGAUAUCCGAAUUGGAAAAGAUAGAAGCUAAGACCAAAGGUAGGAAGUUUAUGGAUAUAACCGAUACUCCUACUCUUGGAUUCUCAAGCUACCUACUACCAUCCACUGCCAACGUCAAAUAUACUUAUCCCACACCUGGUAAUUACUCUGAACCGAUCAAUAAGAUCAUCAACACCAUCGACCUCAAACGAAUGAAAUCGUUCUUGAAGGAAUUUACCUCAUUCCGAACUAGAUAUUAUAGAUCAGAGACUGGUAAACAAAGUCAACAAUUCUUACUUGCCAAGAUCAAAGAGAUUGCGUCGAUCAAUCCUGGGAUAACCGUCAAGGAAUUCCCUCAUCCAUGGGGUCAAAACUCUAUCAUUGCCCGGUUCAACCCUGCCGAUGACCUCAAGGGUGAAAGACCUGUGGUGGUCGUGGGUGCUCAUCAAGAUUCGACUAAUCAAUGGCCAUUCUUACCUGCCCCUGGAGCAGAUGAUGAUGGAUCAGGAACGACCUCGUCCUUAGGAGCUUUCUGCGCCCUUGCUCGGGCCAAUUUCACGCCUGAACAUCCAGUUGAAUUCCACUACUAUUCUGCUGAAGAAGGUGGUCUGUUGGGUUCACAGGCAGUUGCCAAGUCCUAUGAGGAUAAGGGAACUAAAGUCCUUGCUAUGAUCCAGAUGGAUAUGACCGCCUGGGUCAAACAGGGUACCAAAGAAUCAGUUGGAAUCAUCCAAGAUUACGUUGACCCGGAAUUGACUAAAUUCGUCGGAAAGUUGGUUGAAAAGUACUUGGCAAUCCCAGCAGUGGAGACCAAAUGCGGUUACGCUUGCUCAGACCAUGCUUCAUUCGCUAAAGCAGGAUACCAAUCUGCCUUUGCUAUCGAAAGUACAUUCGAGAAUUCCAACCAUAACAUCCACACCACAGCUGAUACCACCAAUCACCCUGAAUUCUCUUUCACCCAUAUGAGAGAAUUCUCUAAACUUGCUAUUUCCUUUGCAGUUGAAUUGGCAGGUAUCAAAGAUGCUUGA